AUGGGCAGUGAAUAUGAAGAUUCAUACAGCAACAUGCCAAGAAAGGCAGCACAAAAGUGUCAACACAGUCCCCAAAUGAAGCACAAGUUGUUGACUCUAAUUCUAAUCGUGGCCACCAAUCUACUCACCAUCUACAUCCUCACAGGCCCCCACUCCAAAUGCCAAUACUACCCCACACCCACACCCACAAUCCCAAUCUCAACCUCUCAACCACUCCUCGACGAACUCAACGCGACCCGCUCCCAACUCACCCACCUCCAAACCGAGCUCAACUCGGCUCGCGCCCUACUCACCCAACUCACCCAACUCGCCCAACUCCCAACCCAGGACCACCUCCUCUCCGACGAAGCCAAACUCAGCCUCGGGCCCCACAAGCUCCCCUUCGGCCACAACCCCCGCAUGGGCUCCGACCAGAUCUACUUCUCCGUCGGCUCCGGCUGCCUUAAACCCGCCCUCGCCCACGACCUCAACAAAUACAUGUCUUACCAAAUCGGCCGCGACUGCCCUUCCGACGACGCCCUCUCCCAAUCCCUAAUGCUCCGCGGUUGCGAGCCCCUCCCCAGACGCCGCUGCCACCCCAAAUCCCCCCAAAACUACACCGAACCCGACCCGCUGCCCGCCAGCCUCUGGGCCACCCCGCCCGACACCAGCAUCGUCUGGGACCCCUACACCUGCAAAAACUACACCUGCCUAAUCAAUAGACGGAAUGGGCCGGGCUCGUACGACUGCAAGGACUGCUUCUAUUUACAAGGCAGGGAAAGGGUUCGGUGGCUCCGCGACAAUGGGGGGCUCGAUUUCGGGAUCGAUCGAGUCCUUGCAACCAAACCAAAGGGCACGAUUCGGAUCGGGCUUGAUAUUGGGGGCGGGUCGGGCUCGUUUGCGGCCCGAAUGAUGGAAAGGAAUGUUACGAUUGUGACGACCUCAAUGAAUUUUGACGGGCCUUUCAACAGUUUUAUUUCGUCACGUGGGCUGAUCUCGAUGCACGUGACGGUUUCGGAGAGGCUGCCGUUUUUCGAGAACACGCUGGAUAUCGUGCACUCGAUGCACGUGAUAAGUAACUGGAUUCCGGAUGUGAUGAUGGAGUUUAUUCUGUAUGACGUGUACAGGGUGUUGAGGCCAGGGGGGAUUUUUUGGCUGGAUAGAUUCUUUUGCUUCGGGUCGCAGCUGAAUGGGACGUAUGUGCCGAUGUUUGAGAGGGUCGGGUUUAGGACGCUGAGGUGGAAUACGGGGAUGAAGUUUGACCGUGGGGUGGAUAAGGACGAGUGGUAUUUCUCGGCUUUGUUUGAAAAGCCUAUGUCUUGA